CCCCCAUCGUUACCACAUCCAAAGAUACCACCACUUUUCUCUCUCUCAACUAAAAUGGCGAAAACUACACUCAACCUCUUCCUUCUCCUUUCCCUUCUGGCCAUAGCCUUGUGGUGCGCCCAAGUGAACGCCCUAGGAAGGAAGGUAGGCGGGAGAACAGAGAUCGAGGAUGUGAAGACCAACAAGGAGAUUCAACAGCUGGGGAAGUACUGUGUGGAGGAGUAUAACAGUGGCCUCAAGCAGAAAAAGCAGGGUACCGGGAAGUUGUUGAGCUUCUCGGAGGUGGUGAAGGCGGAGAAGCAGGUGGUGAACGGAAUCAAGUACUACCUCCGCAUCUCCGCCUCCACCGCCGGCGGAGAAGCCAACACUUUCGACGCCGUAGUGGUUGUCAAGCCCUGGGCCAAAUCUAAGGAGUUGCUCUCCUUUGCACCCGCUACUCCGUCAAAGUAAAGCAGCACCACUUCCGUCGUAAUUAUCAAAUACAAAAUGCAAAAUAGUUGUUGUACUGUGUUUUGCUAUAAAAUAAUGCAUAAAACCCUAAAUUUUGAUGAUCUGCUAUUUGAAGACAGUGUCUGUGAAUUAUGUGUCAUAUAUCAGAUUUAGCCCUGAAUUUAAUUUAAUUUUACGUUGUUAAUUCUCCA